AUGGUGGAAGCUGGAGCCUUGGCAAGAGAGAUUAUGGAUCCGGCAUGGGCAAUCAAUCUAGCUCCAACAAGCUCUCCAACCAAUGAAGUGAGAUUAGGAGCAAUGGCCUUCAUUCUCGACGAAAGUACCCAUAGAAACCUCAGCAGCAGCCUUGACCUGGGCCUCGGCCUCCUCUGGCAAGAUCUCGCUGAAAUCGGUGGAGGCAGCAUUAGUUCUAACUCCCAUGGUCAAAAUCACUCUGGCAAAAGCAACAGAGUCAACAAUGAUCUUGGCGAGCUCAGGGAAAUGCCAUCCGUACCAUUCUUUACAUCUCAUAGCGUAGGUAUUCAGCUCCUUGUCGAGAUCGUCAAGAAGUGCGAUAGCUUGGACAAUCAUGACAUCAACCUUGUCGGCACUGAACUUAAGCUUGUGUCUGCCAAUAGAGUGGGCAAGACCAAGAGACAUGGUGGACAGGUCCUUGUCGGUCAUACCUGGCAACAGCUCUGGCAGAUACUCUCUAACAGCUCUGUAGAUAUCCAGAAAGAGGCUUCUUCAAGAGCAUUAGCGGCAGAACUGAACUUGGAAAAAGCUGCAAUCUUGAAUUGUUUUAACACCUUGUCGCUGCUGUUUAAAUCCUGGAUCAAACUUUGA